AUGCGGGCGCUGCUGCGGGCGCUGCACGGAGCGGCCGUGGCGCUGCUGCUGUGGCGGGGCCCCGGCCCGGGCCCGGCCCGUCCCGCCGCCUCCGAGGUGCUGAGCCAGCACCUGCGGCAGCGCCGCCUGCCCCACUGGACCUCGUUCUGCGUCAAGUACAGCGCGGUGCACAACGACCAGUUCGGCCUCUCGCACUUCAACUGGCCCGUGGACGGCGCCAACUACCUGGUGCUGCGCACCGGCUGCUUCCCCUUCAUCAAGUACCACUGCUCCCGCGCCGCGCCGCAGGACCUGGCGCUGCAGGACGCCUUCUUCACCGCCCUCAAGGUGCUCAAUGCUGGCAUCCCAACUUUCCUGUAUGGAAUUGGCUCCUGGUUCUUUGCCCGUGUCACAGAGACUGUUCACACCAGCCAUGGCCCAGUCACUAUUUAUUUUCUAAAUAAAGAAGAUGAAGGAGCCAUGUACUGAACUGCAUACCUGUCCUCUGGUGGGUCCUGUGCUACAAAUACCUGCUGCCUUUGACUGAAAACAACUCAAAAACUCGGUUUUUACACUGUGUUCUCAUGCUCAGUGUGCUGUUUCAGGAAGCUGCGUGGACUUUUUGGUCGUGAGAGGUUUAUUUUUGCUGCAGAGGUCUUUGAAGUGGAAGAAUUAGAAUUUCUGAAGGUAUGGCUGGAGGUCA